GGCCUGAGACCCAGGGCUGGCUGGCUGACCGAGGCACAGAGCUCCCAAGGCCUGAGGAAGAGAAGCCCCUAGCUGCUGCUCCCCACCCCAAAACUUGCCCAACAACCUAAAUCUUGGCCCAGGAGAGAAGUCAUGUGGAGCCCAGAAUAGCUCCUGCUGGACCUCGUGGCUGGGUCAGGCUCCGGCUGGGGACAGAGGGGGCCCUCUGCCUCCUUUCAACCUCUCUCUGCCUGUGUCCUCUACCUCUGCUUCUCCCACCCCCUUUCCCUUCCUAUGUGCUCAUGAGCUGGUCCCCAGAAGAGUGCAGGGGGCAGGGAGACCCCCCCAGUGACAGACACACCCUCUGUGCCAGGCUGGUGGAGAAGCCCAGCAGAGGGUCCGAGGAGCACACCCAGUCUGGCCCGGGACCCAUUGUCACCCGCACGGCCUCAGGACCUGCCCUCGCCUUCUGGCAGGCAGUGCUGGCUGGGGACGUGGGCUCUGUCUCCCGCGUCCUGGCAGACUCCAGUACCAGCCUGGCUCCUGAUUCCGUCUUUGACACCAGCGACCCAGAGCGAUGGAGGGAUUUCCGCUUCAACAUCCGCGCUCUGAGACUCUGGUCUCUAACGUAUGAAGAGGAGCUGACCACCCCGCUGCAUGUGGCAGCCAGCCGUGGCCACACGGAAGUUCUGCAGCUGCUGCUGAGGCGGAGGGCGAAGCCAGACAGCGCCCCCGGGGGCCGCACUGCCCUGCAUGAGGCCUGUGCUGCAGGUCACACUGCCUGUGUCCACGUGCUGCUGGUGGCAGGAGCUGACCCCAAUAUCCCUGACCAGGAUGGGAAACGCCCCUUGCAUCUCUGCCGUGGGGCUGGUACCCUUCAGUGUGCGGAGCUGCUCCUGCGCUUUGGUGCACAAGUGGAUGGCCGGUCUGAAGAGGAGGAGGAGACCCCUUUGCACGUGGCAGCCCGACUUGGCCAUGUGGAACUGGCAGACCUGCUUCUAAGACGGGGUGCGUGCCCGGAUGCCCGCAAUGCCGAGGGCUGGACACCACUGUUGGCUGCCUGUGACAUCCGCUGCCAGUCUCCUGCCGAUGCCGAGGCCACCACUACCCGCUGUUUCCAGCUGUGCCGUUUACUGCUGUCAGCAGGGGCAGAUGCGGAUGCUGCCGACCGGGACAAACAGCGCCCCCUGCACCUGGCCUGUCGCCAUGGCCACGCGGCYGUUGUAGAGCUGCUCCUGUCCCGUGGUGUCAGUGCCAACGCCAUGGACUAUGGGGGACACACAGCCCUGCACUGUGCUCUGCAGGGUCCAGCUACAGCCCUGGCCCAGAGCCCUGAGCAAGUGGUGCGGGCUCUACUCAACCACGGCGCUGUCCGAGUCUGGCCAGGAGCCCUCCCCAAGGUCCUGGAGCGCUGGUGCACGUCCCCACGGACCAUCGAGGUCCUGAUGAACACCUACAGUGUCCUGCAGCUUCCCGAGGAGGCCAUGGGCCUGGUGCCUCCUGAAACUCUGAAGAAGCACCAGCACUUCUACUCUUCCCUCUUCGCCCUGGUGAGGCAGCCCCGGUCACUGCAGCACCUGAGCCGCUGCGCGCUACGUGCCCACCUGGCAGGCUGCCUGCCCCACGCCCUGCCCCGCCUUCCACUGCCACCCCGCCUGCUCCGCUACCUGCAGCUUGACUUUGAGGAUGUGCUCUACUAGGCAGGGGUGGAUGCUUCAAUCCCCACCUGAAAGGGGCAGACAAAUCACACAUCCAAGUGACAUCUGAUGAAGACAGCAAGUGGGCCACUCCUCUCCAAGCACCCUCUAGCCUGGAUGUGCAUUAAAAGUCUCCAGGCCAAGCUGGCAGUGGUGGUGCACACCUGUAAUCUCAGCAAUUUGGAAGGCUGACACAGGAGGACUGCAAGUUCGAGACCAGCC